AGUGUGGGAGGAAGGUACGGUGUGGGGUGCAUGAAUCAGUGCCCACAAUGUUCCCGGGAGGACAGUGCCACCCUCAGACUGGCACCUGUGUGUGUCCUCCAGGCUUCAUGGGUGACUCCUGCCAGAGAGCGUGUGCAAGAGGUUCAUUUGGACACAAUUGUCAGCUGAGGUGUAAUGAGGACACACUGGGGUUCACCAUCGCCCAGGACGGUGACUGUCGUGGUCUUAUCAUCUGUCUCCCGGAGCCGUAUGGUUGUUCCUGCGCCCCCGGCUACACCUCCUCUAGCAGCUCAAACGAUACCGACCCCAUCUGCACACAAGAUUGUUCGGCAGGAAAAUAUGGAGCCGAUUGUACUGAGACUUGUGCCGGAUGUGAUGAUGGUUGUGACCAAUACACCGGUAUUUGUGUUCCGCCAUCGCCACAACUAACAGUGGAAGAUGGUAGCAGAGAACUGAGGAUCACCUGGUCACCACCUUCCAGUAGUAAAUACAACUACACCCUUACUUAUCAGUCUCUGGGACCCGGAGGCUGCACCAAGGACACCUGACACCGGUGACACGACAGGUG